AUGCAUGAUACGAUAGUACGUCUCGCGGAUGUAUGGAAGACGUGCAACAAGAUCCGCGCGGCGGUGUUCCGCGUGGGACUCAACCUAUGGGACUGGUACCGGCCGCUGGAUCCCGAGGGGAACUCACUCAUAUCAGAGUCCAAGUUCGUGUCGGUGCUGGCUGGCCCGCUGAGGUCGGUGGUGGGUCUGUCGGAGGCGGAGAUCUCUCAGCUGGCGGACUACUUCCGAGCCCAGGACGGACGCGUGCUCUACCACCAGCUGUGUCAGAUAAUACACGGAGAGGACGCCGGCGGCCGUGACAAGACCUCAGCGGACUGUCUACUAGAGGCGUGCCCACCGCCUCCCGAGCCCGAGUGUCACAAGCUGGACCAGUGGCAGAUGAGACGUCUGUGUUGUCUGCUGGCUACCAUCGCUCAGAGAGACCUGCCGCUCAGACCCUACUUCCAGGACUAUGAACUGGUUGCUAAAAACGAUGGCCGUAUAACAUUCGCUCACUUCGCCCGCAUCCUCGACUACAUCGGUGUGAUCGUGUCUCCCGAGGACUUCAACCUCCUCGUGCGUCGCUUCAUCAAGGACUCGUACACACUCGACUACGUGGAGUUCUUGAAAGCUGUGGAGGCCGUCAAGAAGGAGGGCAUACAGGGACUUGGACCGGCUUACAAUAAUCCGAAAGCGGUGAUUGACACGACGCUGCCCAAGCUGUCUCGACCCGAGAUAGAAGCGGGAAUAUCGCCGACAGCACUCGGACAUACUGACGUGUUCCAUCCCGCGCUGGAACCGAGGCGACCACCGCGACACCUGCUGGAUAUCAUGAUGAGAGUGCAGGAGUUUGUGUUGCAGAGAAGGAUACGAGUCUCCGAAUUUCUUAGGGAUUACGAUCCACUGAACUGUGGCCGCAUCUCCCCGCAACAGUUUCUCCGCGCCUUGGACGCUAUGGGUCUACAAGCCGUGUUGUCAGAGUAUGAAGCUCGCUGUGUGUGCGCACAUUACACCAGCCCCAACGAUCCUGUAGCUGUCUGCUGGAGAACGUUUGAGGACGACUGCGACCAGGUGUUCACCAUCAAGGAGCUAGAGAAGCACCCGGAGGUGGUGGUGGGGGGGGCUGCUGCGGAGGUGUCGGAGCUGCCGGCCCCGGGGUCCGCGGACGACCGGGGCGGCGCGCCGGGGAGGGAGGGGGAGGGGCAGCUGGACGCGGCGCAGGCUGCCCUGCUGAGGGUACGGGCCGCCUGCCAGGAACGAUCCAUUGACCUGAGGCCACUGUUUGGAGACCAUGACGAACACAACAACGGCCACGUGUCUCGCUCGCAGGUCCGCCGCGUGUUAGCUCGAGCGGGCGUGUUGCCGGCCGCGGCCCAGCUCCGGGCUCUGGAGACGAGAUACCUGGACGACUGUGGCUUCAAAUACGUUGCCCUACUAGAUGAGUUAGAAGAGAAACCAGUUGAAAGCGCCACCAUCUCUCGACCAGUGGUAGCGGGACAUAAAGCUAAAACCAGCGUCGUUGAUCCUAGAGAGACUGACAUAGUGCAGAUACUUGCCAAGAUCAAAGGAAAAAUGGUCCGCGAGGGCGUCCGUCCCCGCGAGUUCGUGUCUCAGUUCGACCCGCGUCACGAGCGAGUGGUUCCCCGCGCGGACUUCUACCGCGGCCUGGCGGCGGCCGGGCUGGCUCUCACCCCCAUAGAGAUGGACACACUCAUGGAGGUUUUCAGCGCGCCGGGUCGCCGGCGGUACGUGGAGUAUGAAAGGUUCUGUGAGACGGUGGGCGAGAGUCUGGUGCAAGGAGGCCUGGAGCGAGCCCCGCUACUGGCGCCGCUCCAACACGUGCCCGCCAGAGACACGCCGCUCAACUACCUCAACUACGAAGAACGGGCGCUAGUGGCCGCCGCUCUGGACAAACUGUCACACUUCCCCGAUCAGCUGUCUAAUAUUAUGGAGGUGUUCAAGGACGCUGACAAGGAGCGCUGCGGCACCAUCCCUCGGGUGAGCGUGGAGCGCGCGCUGUGCCAGCGAGGCUUGUUGGCGAGGUUGUCUGCCAGGGAGAGAGACCUGCUGUACAAGUGUUUCGGAUACAGACGAGGAUGCGGAGACGAGGUGGACUACCGAGCGCUGUGCAAGGCACUCGACGUCCUUCACGCAACAUCGAGCGCGCAGCCUUGCUGA